AUGUCGCGUACGUCUUCCGAUGAUAAGGACUUCCCCGAUAAUGGAGACAGAGAGCCCCUCCUCCUUCUCUACUACCGCUGGGCACUGCAAUCGCUUGCUAUGCUAGCCUUCCUGCAUGAACACGGGGUCUACCUGAUGGAUUUCAGCUUGAGCACAAUAUGGAUACGCGAUGAUCUCUCGAUUGCACUAUCAGGAUUCGUGAACGCAACCAUCCCGACAGAUGAAUGGCCCUACUCUCCCGACGGGACGAGAUACGAAACAGAGAUCUACUACCCAACCAAUCCCGAAAGUGGGCACCCAGAGCUCAGUCCGAGUAUCGAUCUCUCGGAUUGGGCGACCUUUGUCUGGCAAUUGAUGCGAGAGGAUGCGUCUAGUGAUGGAGCGAAGAGGUGGGCGAUGCCUACCGAUCCAUUGGAUCCGACGGAGAUGCCCGGGGAGGUGGAUGAAUGGGAGUACCAUAAGCAACGGCUGAAGGAGGGCAAGCUACAGCUUUUAGAAGAGGAGCGAUUGGGUGCGAUUCUGGUUAAGGCCUGGAAGGGGGAAUAUCAAAAUGCUCGGGAGAUCCUGCAAGAGGUACGAUCGUAUCUCCAGCAGAUUGGGGUACGGAUGGACGGAGAGGAUGAGGUCCUUCUGGAUGAUGGGCAAAAGUGGGAGGAUGUAUUCACGGUAGUCCAGACAGAUGGCGCCCGCUGGGGUCGGGAGAUUAGAUAUCGGCAAACCUUUUGA